AUGUCACUACUGACUUUUCAAUUUAAAAGUAGUCACUUAACGCAAUCAAGCCGGUGUUUGGUGUUAGUACGGUGUUAAAGUUAUUUGGAGAAGAAAACACAAACAAGAUGGGUUACCGAAUGUACAUACUGUUUAUAUCAUUUCAACUCAUUUAUAUGACGAAUGCGCAGCAAAUGUUCAAACGUAUUCCUGAAGGAUUCGUUGGAUUACGAGGAAAGAAGGCCUUAGAACAAGAUGGGGAGCAGUUCUUUAAACGUAGACCACAGUUCUUUGUUGGAGUCAAGGGAAAGAAGAGUUAUGACUCUUCAGAAGAUUCAUGGCACUAUAAAAGAGCACCAAUGGGCUUUGUCGGAAUGCGUGGAAAGAAAGAUUACAACGAUUAUAUCCCUGAUAAUUAUUACAUGCCCCAAAAAGGGUCACUGUUUGGCCAAAUUGAUUACACAACCAAUGAAUUUACACCGAGCGAAGAAUAUCCAAUUUUGAAUCAAUUUUACGAAUAUAUUCAAAACUUGCAAGAGAAUUCUGACAGUUCUGAUGUGUCCAAUGAUCUAAUGACAAAUGAGAUUGACAAGCGCGCUUUUUACGGAGUCCGGGGUAAAAAAUCAAUUCAGAAUAAGCGACCCUAUGACUUGUCGUUUCGUGGGAAAUUCAUUGGGGUCCGAGGUAAGAAAGACGUUAAGGACAGCGGUGCCAAAGAGAUCAAGUUUUUGUUGGAUGGACCGUGGCCCAAAAGAAAAUUUCAGACCGGUUUCGUCGGAAUGCGGGGCAAAAAGGCGACAGACACUGGCGAUUAUGGUGCAACUGGGGACUGGGAUGUAUCAAAUUAAUUAAGAAAGUCUCCACAAAAUCAAUUGAAAAGGACUACAAAAUGACAAUCAUAUCCAUAAUUAUCUACUAAGCUACCUUACCAAUAAUUUAGACUAAGAAAUCUCUAGUCAAAUUGUCUAGUCACUAUCUAAAUAAAGUUACCCAUUUCACAGUAAUUAUUGUGAAAUAUUGUAAUAUAUAUUGUAGUUAAUAGUUGUGUGACUUUUGAUGCUUUUAAGACUUUUGCGAUACCAUGUAAUAAAAAAUCUUUUCAAAUUUUAAAUAAUUAUAAAUUCUAAUGUUUCUCAAUUAUAAAUCUUAUAUUUGUAGUUACAACCAUUUUGCAAAGGCUGGCAAAGUGUUAUAAAAUUAAGUUAUUUAGUUAAU